GUUUUUGAACGCGUUGCUGUAUUUGACGCGUUGCUAUAUUUGUGAAGUCAGUAAAAUGGCGGAAGUGAAUCUUUCAGUGUCUCAGGAUCAGUUCAUCUGUUCGAUCUGUCUGGAUUUACUGAAGGAUCCAGUGACCAUUCCCUGUGGACACAGUUACUGUAUGAGCUGUAUUACAAACUGCUGGAAUCAAGAUGAUCAGAAGAGAAACUACAGCUGCCCUCAGUGCAGACAGACCUUCAAUACAAGACCUGAUUUAUAUAAAAAUGUGGUGUUUGCUCAGAUGGUGGAGAUGCUGAAGAAGACAAAACUUCAGACUGAUCGAUCUGCUCUCAGUUCUGCUGGACCUGAAGAUGUGAAGUGUGACGUCUGUACUGAGAGAAAACACAAAGCUAUCAAGUCCUGUCUGGUGUGUCUUGAAUCUUACUGUCAAACUCAUCUUGAACAACAUGAAGCUUUUCGGGCAGGAAAGAGACACAAAGUGAUUGAUGUGACAGGAAGACUUCAGGAGAUGAUCUGCUCUCAACAUGACAAACUCAUCGAGGUUUACUGUCGCACUGAUCAGAGAUGUAUUUGUUAUCUGUGUGCGAUGGAUGAACAUAAAAAUCACGACACUGUAUCAGCUGCAGCAGAGAGAACUGAGAAACAGAGUUUUCAGUCUCUCUCUUCAUCUCCUGGAUCUUCAGACAACAUCACUGUCUCUUCUCUUCUCUCUUUUGAUGAUGUGAUGAAAUCUGUGACUAAACUGAAAGAAAAGAUGGAGGAUUUCUGUAAAGAAGAGAUUGAAAAGAUAUCUGAGAAAGUUGCAUUCAAUGAAAUUAUUCCCUAUGAACCCAAGAUCAGAGAGGAGUUCCUAAAGCAUUUCCGUCUCUUCUCUCUGGAUCCAAACACAGCACACAGUAGUAUCCGUCUGUCUGAGGAGAACACAGCGGCUACUUGCACUAAGACAGAUCAGCUGUAUCCUCAUCAUCCAGACAGAUUUGAUGGUUUGUUUCAGGUGUUGUGUAGAGAGAGUUUGAGUGGGCGCUGUUACUGGGAGAUUGAAUGGAGUGGGAAUCUUGGUGUGUUUAUAUCAGUGUCAUAUAAGAGCAUCAGCAGGAAGGGAGGAGGUCAUGAGUGUAGAUUUGGAUUGAAUGAUCAGUCCUGGAGUUUGUUCUGUUCUCCCUCUAAAUGUUCAUUCUGGCACAAUAAUAUAAAGACAAAUCUCCCAGUAGUCUCCAGUAAAAUAGGAGUUUAUGUGGAUCACAGUUCAGGAUCUCUGUCCUUCUACAGCGUCUCUGACACAAUGACCCUCAUCCACAGAGUCAACACCACAUUCACUAAACCUCUCUAUCCUGGGUUUUGGUUUAACUUUUAUGACUCAACAGUGAAACUGUGUGAUCUAACAUUAUAAAUGAUACAUGCUUAUACUGGAUUAUAUACACAAGUGUCACCUAAACCAGUUUAUAUAAUUUGACAAAUCAAAAGAUAAAUUAUAAUUCAUAUUUGUUAUAGAUUUCUUUCUUAUAUCUUUGAGUUUUUUUCUGUCUAGAUUGUCUCUAGUAUGUAGACUAAUCACAUUAAAAUCCAACAUCUUAGCUUCAUGAGAUGAUCUUUUGAUUUAUUUCAUAAGCAGAGAGUCGAGUCAUUGUACGGGAAAGUCCUUUAGUCCUUUGUUAAGUUUGGGAGUUAAUAAUAUUUAGAUUUUGUAGAUUUUUGAAGUAGAUAUGAAGGUUUUAUCUAAAUGUGUUUUGAGUUGUUAAACAGAUAGAGUAUAUGGAGAGAUGAACUAAGGGUUAAUUCUGAAGUUAAAUUCAUUUGGAGAUCAUUUUACAAACCACCAAUGAAGGAUAAAGAUUGAUGAUCUGAAAUAGAGAACUAACCACACUACAUCUUAUGGUGACUGCCCUGCUGAAAAAUCAGCUUAAACUAGCCUAUGCUGGUUGUAAGAAAAAAUGAGGAGGACAUUGAAAAUCUUGAUGAAAGUAGUUUAUUGUGGUAGCAGUGACAAACCACGGCGUACUUGGGUUCAGCGGAGUCGGGAGUGAACCCUGAGCAAAGUCAGUCUUAACACUUUAUAGUUUCAAACCUGUUUUCCCACCCCUAAUGCUAAUGAAGAAUUCCUUUAAAUGUAAAUUAAGACUAGUACUACAAAUGGCCCCUAUAUCUCCCACUGUGCCCAAAUGGGUAAUUGUAUUUAUAUGAUCAGACUAUCUUGGUACCCAACUGUGUGAUCAACCAAAUGAUCAAAUAAUGUUUAGAUAAUUGUCUUUUGUCUUUCUAUCAUGAACCCUCUUUGAC